AUGGCCGACAUGGCCGACCCCUCCGACAUGGGGGGCUAUUCUGCUCGCCAAAACCGCAACGCGGAGGCGGCCGAGCCCACCGACAACUCGCGCGGCCAGUACCCGCGCGACCAGUUUCCUCAUCGCCCGGCUCACAACGCUGAGCCGACUUACCCAGUUGUGCGCCCACCCGACUACAACGGCCACAACUUCGGAUCGGCUCAUCCCAGCAUGCAGCCGCAUCGCCAGCAAACCCCGCGAGGGUUUGUACACAUCGACCUUACCGAAGACCGCGCCGAGUCGCCGACGGAUGUCAUCAUGGCAAGGCGCCCUCCAGCUGGUCCCUCUGCUCUUGACAGCAGCCAACACCAGACCGAUUCCGCGUCCAGCCGGCAUGGAUCUACCUCCGGCACCACCUCCCCUCACGACAUCACGCCCCAUCCGCCCGUGAGCACUGCUUCCGGCCCUGUGCCCACCUCGUCGGCUGUACCGUACGGCCCUGCACCCAGCUCGUCGGCUGUACCGAAUGGCCCUGAACCCAGCUUGUCGGCUGUACCGAAUGGCCCUGAACCCAGCUUGUCGGCUGUACCGUACGGCCCUACACCUAGCUCGUCGGCUCCACCGUCCGGCCCUUUGCGGUUGGACCUUGUGCCUAUCUCAGUUGGCCAGCACUUGCAUAUGCAGCCUCAGCCUGCAGCCGCCCUGUCUGUGCCGACCUUGAUUACUCCCACGCCCAAUGCGGCCCCCCCGAACCUCUGGGGGUUGGAUCAUGCGCUGAUCUCGAGCGCGGUCCCUCGCCGCUUUGCGACCCUGCAAGAUUUGGCCGCAGCGAUCGACAUCUCGCAACCGAGAAAAUGUGCCUACAUGAACGAUUGCACCCUGUUCCAGGGCGUGCCCGUUGACCGCAUCCCCUGGCGCAAGAGCCUCUCGCACUUUUUCGGCCGCAACAAGGUCUGCACCCGGUGCGUCCCCGACCAUGUCUGGAUCUGGUGGUGCCGCAAACACUAUCAGCGUUCUCGCUACCGCGACGCCCACGGGUACGCCUGCAGACUGAUCUUGAGCCUCGAGGCCCAGGUCCUUCGUAUUCAGGCCUGGAGCAACGAAAAUCAGCGCAUGGGCGUCCCGGAGAACGGUGUCGUCGUGGAUUGGACCCUGGCUGUGCGCCGUCGUGAACUGAAGCGCGGGGAGCGCGAGCAGAGCGAAACGCCCGAGCCCGACGAUGAUGAACUUCCUGGCAGCGGUUCUCAUGUGCCACAGUGGCUGCGGGACAUGUGUGGCCCGCGCAAGACUACUGCUGAGAUCCAAGAGAUCAUCGUUCUCAUUCGCGACGACAUCCUACGCCGUAAUCUUAACCAGGUUCCGGAUGUGGAGUUUUUGCCGCGCAUUGAGGGCGAGAGGGCGAAGCCUCCUCCCAAGCCAAAGACCGGCGACGCUAAGGCGAAGAGGGAGAUGAAGGAGGCGAAGGACGAGAAGGACACAAAGGAGACAAAGGGCCCACUCAAACGCGCCCUGACAACCGAUGAGGAAGAUAAAGACGAGGAGGAUGACUCCUCUCCUCGCAAGCGCCAUCGGUUCAGCCAUGGGGAGUCUGGCUACCCUGUGCCUUCAUACCGACCUGAGACGCCUGCUCUGCCUAGUCCCUACGUCUCUCAGCCGGUUCCUCGCCCAGAGCCUGGCAGGUCCCUCUUUACCGGCGGUUCCAACUAUCUUCCCCCCCGGGCUAAUGGCCCGCAUAUGCGCUCCUUUUCCGACGACCGGGGUACCCGCUGGGCUUACCAGCCGGCCCCGCCGGUUCCGCCGGCUUUCUCCCAAGGCUAUAGCAGCUACAGCUCGCUCCAGCAACCCGUGAACACGUACAACAGCAGCAACCAGGGUGUGAACAACCGUUCUUACUAUGCUGGCAACAACACGGCCUACGAGCAGCUUCACGACCCGGUCACGGAUGACAUCUACAGCGCACCCGACCGCCCGAGCAUGUGGCAGCAGCCGCCGGGUCCUCCUCAGCACCGCGCGACUAGCUACUCCGAGAAUCCGUACUACGCCCUCCCGCAGAGCGGACCCCCUCCCGCCGGCACUGUUAAGCACCGGCCGUCGGCGAGUGCGCCCACCACUCUGCACCGCAUCCCCGAGGGCAGCAGCAGCGAUGGUCUGCAGAACUACCGCUAUGGCGGACCCCAGCCGCAGGCGACUGGCUACUACGGCCACUACAACACCCCACAGCAACAGCCGCAGCAGCAACUGACUGUGGGUGCUGGAGCCCCUGGCAGCAGCGGCAGCUUCGCAUCGGCUGCGCCGACUUUUGAUACGCGUUAUCAACCCACCUAUGAGCCGAUUCCUCCCCGUCCCAUGGAGUACGAGCCACCGAUUCCUCCCCGUCCCAUGGAGUACGAGCCGCCGAUUCCUCCCCGUCCUGUGGAGUCAUAUCCGCGCCCUGCCGAGCGCACUGCGCCUGUGGGCUUCCCGUCUCCGUCGCUGGGCGGCUAUGGUACCUACGCCAGUGGCGGCCAGCGUGGUCCGGCUCACGGUAGCCAGGAUCAAGGCCCUCAGGGUCACGGCAGCCAGGAUUAUGGCACCCAGGGUCACGGCGCCGCUGGGCCCUCCGGUGGCUAUACCUCCCCUUCCGAUCAUCGCCGCUAG